GCUUUUUACUUUUAUUGCCCUCCCGUGGAGCUGUUAUGUACGCUUAUUUACUCAGCUUCAGUUCACUUAACAAUGCGGUGUACUUCCAACUCUCCGGAAUAUACAGUAAUACUCGAACCUGGGUCCUACUUUUUACGAAUUGGUAGAGCUGUUGAUGCCGUUCCGAAGAAACUCCCUCACUGCAUUGCCCGGCGAGUAAAAUCUCAACGUCAACACCUUCGAAGGUCAGUGAAUAAGGGUUACAGAGCACAUCAUGGUUCCGUGUCGAAAAACACUGUUGUCAGCUCAUUCAUCGAGCAACAUUUCGGUAUCACGCCGCCAAAACCUACGGACGAUGCAGUUGUUUCUUGGCGGCCACUCAGUACAUUGCCCAGUGCGAAUCAGAAUUCUUUUUCGUGGGAAGAUUGCGGACAUGAAGAAAAGGAAUUUUUAGUACUGAAUGACGCUCUAACAGUUUCUUCUAACGAAGAAUAUCGUCUCACUUGGCCGUUUAAAUGUGGAUUUAUGCAACAGGAUCAUAAUUACUCGGCUGUACUUCAGGACCUGGAGGAUAUAUGGAGCGGUGCUUGUGAAAAAUACCUCGGUAUACCUCGGAGCAAUAUCCCGCUUUAUCGUGUGAUCCUCAUCAUAGGUGAUGUGUUCAGGCGCACAGAAAUUCGCCACAUAGUUGAUGUGCUACUUCUUCGACUGCGUUUUGGGCAUCUGCUUGUUCAUCAAUCUGGUGUGUGUGCCACCUACAAUCUGGGCAUUUCCACCGCUUGCGUGGUGGACGUUGGCGAUCAGAAGACAUCAGUAUCUUGCAUAGAGGAUGGAGUUUCACAUCCGGACACGAGAGUCACUCUAGCUGUCGGCAGACGGAGCGUUCUGCAUGUGUUCCAUCAGCUUAUCUCAAGUAGUCUCCGGAAGAACGGAAUCGAAUCCACUUGCUUUGAACUUCAAUGCCCUGACGACUUCGAUGCACUAUCUUCGUGUUUGCGGGACGCAGAGCUGGCGACCACAGAGGUUUUAUCUCAGCAGGAUUCAGAGCGCGUCACGCGCGAACUGAUUAGUCCCAUAUCACACUGCGUCACGGUAUCACUCGCGUGUCCGCGCCUUCGAAAACAAUGCUCAAAUCUACCCAUCAGCGUCCACACUGUGUUGUACUCAAACCUCCUCCCGUUCUCAAGUAUUGCCUCAGUCGCAGAAAAACUUGUAGCCACAGGCAAAUCAGGUACUUAUUAUGAGUGCCAAACUCCAUCACUGGAUGCGUCUCAGCCAGAUGAUCCUUUCGAUGAUUUGUACGUGAGUCUCACCGCAAGAGAGCGUCGCAAACGGAAUCUGGGACAGUCGAAUGUGGCUGCCGAUGCCAACGCUACUGAGGUCACAGUUGACACGAAGCUGGAACGUGAUGAAACGGAUAUAGGAGACCUGCCAAUGCAACCUAUGAGCCAUCAGCCAAAGGAUCUAUCUGAAACUUUUGGAUCAUUGGCUCAGUCGGUGUGGUGGAGCGUAUGCCAAUGUGCCAACCUAGCUACCAGUCAGAUCCCAACCGACACGAUUAAUCCGACUGCGUCGGUUAGCCAAACCGCCGUGGAUGAGAUACGUAGGCGUCUUCUAAGCUGCAUCUUGCUUGUUGGUGGCGGAGUAUGCGACCUCGGUGGUCACUUCAUACGCAGGUGGCUCGUAAAGGAAUUGGAAGAACUGCUGGAGAAGAACUCAGCUGCUAGCGCAGCACCGAUCGAAGGUCUCAGUCGUCCCACACUGGAAGUGAUACUCCGACCCGAUCUGGCUGACGCAGCCUGGUGUGGUGCACGGCUACUGCUAACCACAGAGUCGAUUAAUGACUUGUGGUUCGCUCCUCCGGAGUGGCGCAGGCUAGGCUCGCGCCUGAUACGAGAAAAAGCCCCCUUCUUUUGGUGACAAUUCCUCCGACUGCUGUACUAUCCUUGUCUUUCUUAUUGUCAGUUGCAUUUACGUGAAAUUA